AUGCAAGAAACUUCAGAAGCAAUCUCUCCUCUAUAUUAUGAUAAAAACUACGAUCCAAGAUACAGUUUGCUUUCCUUUACCUCCAUCUAUGGAGAUGGGACACAGAUAACGUUUGAUGACCUUCAAUAUUUUAUUAAUAACUUAACAACUUCAGGUAUACUAUUUGGUGUUCGUUUUGGUUCUUCAUUCAUGACGCUAUUAAUCAUGUGGAUGGUUUACCAAAAAAAAAAUACCCCAAUAUUUAUCAUAAAUCAAGUUGCUUUAUUGUUAAUUAUAUUACACGAUAUUCUUGAAUUUGCAUAUUUAUUUUCAAAUCUAAGUUCUGCAGCUUUUUCUUUAACAGGAUUUAGUCAGUUUAUUACGAGAAAUAAUAUUCAUAUUUAUGGUGCUAUCAAUAUUUUCCAAGUACUACUUGUUGCAACUAUUGAAGUUUCAUUAGUAUAUCAAAUUAAAGUUAUAUUUGCAGGUACAACUUCUAAAAAACACGGAAUCCAGGGUUUGCUUGUUGGCACAAGCUUCUUAGGAUUAGCAACUACCGCAAUGUAUUUUGUUACUGCCAUAACAGGUAUGGUUUCCAUGUAUAAAGAUGUAAAUACUGCAAAUGCAAAAUAUUUCAAUGUUGCAGCCAUUCUAUUAACUUCUUCCAUUAAUCUAACAACAAUUAUUUUGGUUAUUAAAUUAGUUUUAGCAAUUAAAUCAAGAAGAUAUCUAGGCUUGAAACAAUUUAGUUCAUUCCAUAUUUUAUUAAUUAUGCUAUCUCAAACCUUAAUUAUUCCUUCUAUUCUUCUAAUUUUAUCAUAUAGCUUAACUGCUAAUAGAGGUACAGAUAAAUUAUUUAGUGUGGGCACAUUAUUAGCAGUAUUAUCUCUACCAUUGUCUUCUUUGUGGGCUACUUCAGCAAAUACUCAAAGUAAACCCGAAUAUGAUACAUCAAGCUAUACUUUACCCACCAGCAGUGGAGAAUCUUAUUUGACUUUUGAAAAUAAUGGACUAUAUUCUCCUUCAAAUAAUGGGAAGGGUAAAAAGCAAGGCACAAUCGAUAAUAUCAUUUCUAAAGUUUCAUUUAAAAGCCAUAAAAAGGUUUUACCAAAUAUGAAACAAACUAAGUCACAGUCUGAAAGUGCAACUUCAAACGAAUCCUCUUUUCUUUCAGAAACCACAGUACAUGAUUUAGAAAAGCAAAGUAAGCUUAAUGCUACAUAUAGUAUCACAAAAGAAGUAAGUGAUGACUUUGAAGUAUAUACACCCACAACAGCGGCAGAAAAUGAAGCUCGAACAUUUUGGACAGAGAACUCUUCCAUAAAGAGUCAAUUUCAGAACCUAAAGAAACAAGAUACCAUCCAGGAAUCUUGCGAAGAUUUAGAUAGUGCUAUAAUUGAAACUUUAGCUCAAAAUUUAGAUGAUGGGAUGAUAAAAACCAAAAAGGUGGAAUAUAAGCAUUUUCAAUAA